AACGUGCGAGCUGUCUCCUGCACCAAAAUGUCGUGCAAGUGUCUUCUCUUCUUUUUAAUCAUCUCACAGGUCAGAGUGGCACAUCCGUCGAAGGACCAAAAUGCUUCAAUCAAUGAUUGUGUGAGGUUCAACUGGAUUGAGGAUUUUUUUGCGAGACAAAGGCAAUCUGAGUGGAACUACACAGUGAAAGAUAUCCUACAAGACUGCCUUUCAAAUUAUUCAAAAGUCAAUGAAACAACUGGUUGUAACGGCCCAAUUGUAAACGUAACAUUUCCACUCUUUUCUUGGCCUUCAAAUGUUACAACUUUAGAGACAGAGUUCUAUCCUUUAGUGGCCAUCAAAGAAGAAUCGUUUUCCAUUGGCCGUCAAAUUCUUCACGCAUUUAAACAAAUAUGGGAACUCAUUGUUAUUUGCAUAACAGGAGCCAUGCUGUCAGGAAUCAUCAUCUGGUUCUUGGAUCACAGAGCAAAUGCAGGUCAUUUUCCAGACUCGUUUUGGAGAGGCGUUCAAGACGGAUGGUGGUGGGCAGUGGUUACUAUGACAACAGUGGGCUAUGGCGACAAAGCUCCUAAAUCAUCGCUGGCUCGGGUGUAUGCUUCACUGUGGAUGAUCAUCGGAAUGCUGUUGAUGUCAACCAUUACAGCCCAGAUUUCCUCGUCCAUCACUGCUGAUGGACUUCGACCCCUUAAUGAUGUGUUUGGAUCUAAGGUUGGUGCUCCCUUGGGAAGCAAAAAACCCCUCGAGAAAAAGAUCCAAGGAGCCGAUGUGAAAGAAUACCGCACAGAACGCGAACUCCUAAACGGCUUGAUUGAUGGUAGUGUAGAUGCAAUAUUUCUGUUCGACUGUGGCACUGUGGAAAUGAAAAGGCAGUCUCCUCCUUUGACAAUAGUUGACGCGUGGGAAACUGAUUUGAGCGUCGGAGUGGGUUUUGCGGUGGAAGAAGGAAACGAAAACCUUGAAGAAUGUUUGCAAUCAUGGGCGAACGAGGAAUUUUGCGACCUUGACGAUGAAUACGAGGAUUGGCAGCUGUCCUGUUUUGAAGAGUACAGCCAUGGAAAAUACCGACAUGACAUGAAACAAGGCUCAUCCAAUGACCGAGUGAAAACCCACCACUUCAUUUUGAUGAGCUCUGCUGGCCUUUUCGUCAUCUUCCUGUUGACUGGUUCCCUGAGGAAUGCGUGCAGGAAGAGGAGACCGACAACAGAUGAUGUUGAUAUUGAGAAAGGAGUGUCUCACACCAAACUGAGAGCGAGUAUUACUGACGCAGUGCCUAUGAAGGAACUCUCAACACGGAUACUUCACCAUGACACAGAGCAGAACACUAUUGAAAAUAUUACCAAUUAGAAUCUUUGUUCCCUCUGGUGAAAUGCAGAUUUUUUUCUUUUUGCACGCUUUAAAAGUAAGUCGUGGCUAACGAACUUAAAUGUAACUUGCGCGUUAAGAACACGACCUCAGUUGGACGAGUCAAUUACAACUCUUUGUUUGACAAUAAUUCACAAUUUAAAGCUUAAAUCUGUUUUAUAGAUGUUUUUUAAUACAAUAUUUGUUGAGAGCCAUUAGUGUACUAGUACACUCUGUUAUAUACACCUUCGAUAAAUAAAGUUCAUUGAUUAAUUCAAAACUAAAAGAUCGAAGGCCAAAUGUUUCCUGUAUAGAACUGAAAUA